GUGGCCGAAGUGGGCCCUGAGGCCGCCGGCCGCAUCCUCUUCGGACAUAUCUUUCGCAUCGCGCCCGAAGCAAAGGCUCUCUUCUCCUUCGCCAAGGACGAGGAGACGAUGUGGUUGCCUGGGAGCCGUUUGGAGAAGCAUGGCGCCCGGGUUGUGAACACGGUGGGGACUGCUGUGUCCUUGUUGCAGGACCUUGAGACCUUGGUGCCGGUGUUGCAAAAGCUUGGCCUGCAGCAUGUGGCCUACAAGGUGCUUCCGCCCCACUAUGACGUUGUGGGACAGGCCUUUAUUGCCACCUUGGAGGAUGCCCUGCAGACGGAGUUUACUGAGGCUGUCAAAAAUGCGUACCUCAAGGUGUGGAACAUCGUCCAGGCUACCAUGAUGGGAGACAAUUAUGCCGAGCCUGCCGUUGAGGCUUCAGGCUGA